CUCUGAUCCCUGCUCUGACAACUGCCGGUUCUCGGCAGUACUUUUCUCACGCUCUGACAGCGUGAGGAAAGUGCAGCCGAGAACCGGCGAUUGCAUUUCCCGGUGAUCAGCAACAGGGAUCGGCACCGAUCAUCAGGGCACUGAUGAUCAGUGCCCUGAUGAUCGGUGCCCAGCAGCACCACCCACCAGUUCCGCCCACCUGUGCCCAGCAGUGCAACCACCUGUGCCCAGCAGUGCCCACCAGUGCCACC